GAAAUUAAGUUGCUUCGUAAGUUUGCAAUAGGCUAUGUCAAGUCCACUGUAGGCUUACUACGAUCGGCCAACUACUACCAUCCUCGCCUUUGGGAAAGUAGUGUUAAAACAUUUUCAUCGAUAUUUUAACUCAGUUAUCUGAUGAAUUUUUAAAUCUAUUUGAUCUCUAUAAAGUUUUAAAACGACUAUAACCUUGUCGAAGCUGUUAAAACCAACAAGUAGCUGAUCGCGAUCUUUGCCUUCUCUCGGUUUCUUCUGCUUGUCUUCAUUCUCAAGGAGUUACUCCUUUUUGUUCAUUUAAAAUAGUCUUUCUGUAAAAUUACGAAUCUUCUCAAGGAUGCCGUCGACUCCACAUAAAAAGUCAUUGCCCGUCUCUUUCCUCUGGACAUUUAGCAUUUUGCUCGUUUUACGUCUUACAUCCGCGUCGUUUCGCGUGAUUGAUGACUGUGACGAAGUGUACAACUAUUGGGAACCAUUGCACUAUCUUUUAUAUGGCUAUGGUCUUCAAACAUGGGAGUACUCGCCUGAAUACUCCAUUCGAAGUUGGUUUUAUGUUUUAUUGCAUGCUAUUCCCGCAGCUGUAGCUAAAUCAAUGGGACUGAGUCGCCUCCAUGUCUUCUAUUUUGUCCGUGGUGUCAUGGCCUGCUUUUCAGCUUUCUGUGAGGCUACCCUUGUUCAGGCUGUUGCGAGAAAUUUCAACCGUGCUGUGGCCCUUCAUCUUACGUCCAUUCUUUUUGUCAGCUCUGGUAUAUGGGUUGCUAGUACUAGCUUUCUCCCAUCAUCCUUCGCCAUGAAUAUGGUCACACUUUCUUUGUCCGCUCAGCUUAGCCUCCCUUCUACCAGACGCACCGUGAAAGUACUUUCGUUCGUCGUAAUUGGCGCAAUUUUGGGCUGGCCAUUUUCCGCUGCCUUGUCAAUCCCAUUUGUUCUUCUCGAGCUUAUGGAUAUCAGACGCCAAUUUGUACCUUUAAUUACUCGCUGGCUGAAAGCUGGUUUGGUUUGCCUCUUGAUAACAGCAAUUUGUAUUGCUGUUGAUUCUUUCUUUUACCAAAAACUCGAAUUUGUAGCUUGGAACAUCGUCAAAUAUAAUGUUUUCGCUAAAGACGGUCGUGGUCCCGAAAUUUAUGGUACUGAGCCGUGGUGGUACUACUUUGCAAACUUAACUCUACAACAUAAUAUUGCCUUUUGGUUUGCUUUAGUAUGCGGUCCUUUUGUUUUCAUUGCGGCACUUACCAAUUGGAUUAAUUUAGACUCUUUUCUUGACCUUUCGUCUGUCAUAUCUCCCUUCUAUUUGUGGUUGUUAAUUUUCCUUUUGCAGCCUCACAAGGAAGAGCGUUUUAUGUAUCCUAUUUAUCCUGUACUUUGCUUGGCUGGAGCCGUCGGCUUGGAUAUGUUUGUUAAAAUUAACAUGAACCUUUAUACGAGUGUGACUCGUAGAGCACGCUCUACGUUCCCCGUACGCAUACUCGUUCUUAUCAUUUACGCUCUAAUGGGAUUCAUCAGUAUUGCCAGAAUUUUGGCUGUCCAAAACUACAAUGCACCGAUGAUCGUAUAUCCUGCUCUUACUUAUUUGGAAGCAUCGGAAAACCCUAUUACGAACAUCUGUGUUGGUAAAGAGUGGUACAGAUAUCCUUCCAGCUUUUUCCUUCCCGAACAUGCUCGUCUCAAGUAUGUUAAGAGUGAAUUUGAUGGAAUUCUGCCCGCUGAGUUUAAGGAAGACAAUACUACGAGCUGGUGGAAUCGCCCUGGAUAUUUUGAAACGCCAAUGUAUAUGAAUGACUUGAAUAAUGAAGAACCUACACGUUAUGUCUCUUUGGAAGAAUGUGACUUCUUAAUAGAUUCAGAAUUUAUUCACUCAAAGCCAACCGGACAUGAGUUGGUUUAUUCAAAGGAACCUGGUUGGAAGGUUUUGUUUAUGUUUCCUUUUAUUGACACAAAGAAUACUCCAUUUUUGGGAAGAGCUCUUUCAGUUCCUUUCAGCGAACCGAAGUGGGGUAGAUAUGAAGUACUUUCACAAAAGCCCGUAAACGUUACUUUACCUCAGUAAUUGCACAUCAACGUGCUUUAGACGUUUAAUAUGAAAUUCAGUGAUCGAUUUGGAGUCAUACCUUCAACCUAUCUUUUACGCUUCCAUUGGAAAACAAUGAUACUUUCGUUUGAGAUUUAGGAAGUAAAACUUUUUUAUUACACCUUUUUGGGUAUAUUUUUUUAUAUUUAAUGAAUAAUAGCCUGUAUAAAAUGCAAAACAUAAGCUAAGUAAUUAUCGUUGGGUAACAUUAAGACUAAUUUUUCUAUUCUAAUUUACAAGACAGGUACAAAAAAAAAAG